AUGCACGCCCCGCCCUUCACCGGUAGAGCUCCGCCCAGGCCCCGCCCCCAGCCGCGUGGGCUCUUUGCUCUGCCGGUGCGCCGCUUCUUACGGAAACGGAAGUGGGGUGCUCGGGUGGAAGGUCACACAGCAGACCUCUCAAGUAAUUCAUUCCAUCUCGGUGGGACUUCUGCCAGUCAGAACCCACAACUGGUGACCCCGAUGUUAUUGAUUACACAGCGACGGAAUGGCACACUUCAGCUGGAGAGAGACUGCAUCCUGAUCCCCGUAGAUUUCACUCCUGCACAAUUGACCUUCAGGGAUGCGGCCACCGACUUCUCCCAGGAGGAGUGGGAGUGCCUGGAUCCUGCCCAGAGGGCCUUUUACGUGGAUGUGCUGUUGGAACUUGUCUCCCUGGGCUCCCAGAUGGUAUCUAUGCUGCUGCUGAGGGGUCACACUUGGAGUAGCAAGGGCCUAAACUGGAGAAUGCGCUUCUUCACCGGUUUGCUCAGAGGCAAGGAUUAAAAAGUUUGAUCUACAGGUGGGGAAGUCGGGGGUGCAGUCCUCAUCUAGCUUUUCGCAAAAUGAGUGUCCGUUAUGCAUUGAACCCUGGGGAUCGUCAUUCAGGAGAGCAGUCACUGCCCUGCCCUUACGGAGUUCCCAACCUGACGAGGGAGCCAGACAUUCAGCAAAGAAUGACUCAGCUUAAAAAGCUCUAGGGGAGGGGAAAAAGCUCACUACACAAAGGCGCCCCCUGCUGGAGCCUAGACCCGGCCGUUGGCCCCUAGGCUCCUGGGCUUGCCGGCCCGAGGCCUGCUGUCUGCUCCGCUGAUUGGCUGGCAGGACCGGCUUCCAAGCCUAAGACGGUGAGGCUCGGGCUGCCCGGUAACCGCCAGGCGAGGCCGCGCCCUAGGGCGCUUUCCGCUCGUCCUUCCUGUAGGCGACGUGAGUGUCUCUAAGGAUCUGAUGUUU